AUGAGCUCGGUAUAUGUCCAUCUUUUGGCGUUGGAGCUGGUACUUGAUGAGCCCGAGCUCGCCCAUCUCCACUACCUCCUCUCCCAGAUAGCACUUGCCAUAUUUGGGGAAGACCCCACCCCGAUCCGCCUCAGUUUCACUCCCUCGCGAGUCAACACCAUCAUUAUCCAUUGUCUCCGCUGGUUGCAUCAGCAGGAGGUCGCCUAUUUAGCUACUCAGGCGUUGGAACUCACCUACCAGAUCGCCGCCGGUAUCGGCGUCGAGGUUGAGGGCACCACCACUGUGCGCGUGAUUAUUGCCCUUGACGAGGUCAAAUCCACCCGCAAAUGGUUUCGGGAGAUGGUGAGCCACACCCGCACCCUCGUGUACCUGUUGGCGAUGCCGCUGGCGCUCGUAUUUUACCACAUGGCCUUUAGUGGAGCCAGCGAUAUCGGCGACCGGCUAUUCUACGCGACGAUGGCGGUAGCCGCGUGGCGACCCCGGUUACCGAUUAGUGAACUAGCAUUGAUCCAGCAGUUGUUUCAGCAGAUGAUGCUCCGGCUCCCCAAACACACGCUGAAACCGACCCGCCUCCGCCUCGACGCCAUCUACGACGAAACGUUCGCAACUUAG